CGCAGUCUUCUCCAAUUUGAACGCUUGUACGAGGCAGUCUUAAUACCGAGACUCCUCUUUCUCGUCUAGAGCGCGACCGAACGUCCCUGACCUAUUGAACAGACGUUCGAAGAUUAGAGAGAAAUCCUCCUGAGAGAGCCCUUCGCCGCGAGCCCACUCCGUACUGCCCCCUUCUAGCCGAGACGACGGAAGAUUCUUCAACAACCCCAGAAGGGCAAACCUUGAAUCUGCAAUCAGAAAACGCUGCCGAGCACGUACUCCUCACUAUAUCGACUGCCGAGUCCCUAUCCUGCCCCCGAGCCUUCAUGUGGCUGGGGUGUGAGGACUGAAACCUAAUCCUGACCCAAGCGCCGAAGGUCAAUUGGAUCUUGACGCAAACACCAUGGCCUUCCCCAGCGGAACUACAUACCACGCCGACUCUGAUGCCGACGAUGAAUAUGAGAGAAGCGUCAUGACUUCGCCCACACAGCUACACACCGAUUCAGAGACCUCUUCUGAGCCGCCCUCUAACGAGCACACACCGACGACGUUUGACAACUCGGGGGAAGAUCCAAGUCUACCCAGGACCAUAAUAACAGAAUGGACACCAGAAGAAUGUGCUCAAUUUGUGUCUAGUUUGAACUUGAGACAAUAUUGUCAUGCUUUUGUCGAACAUGGCAUCGAAGGGGAAGCGCUCGUCGCACUUAAACAUGACGAGUUGAAAGAGAUGGGAAUUGCCAGUGUGGGACACAGGUUGACAAUUCUCAAGAAUGUUUAUGAUUUGAAAGUCAACCAGGACAUCCCCGUUGAACCAGAUGAUUAUGUCCCUCCAACGGCCGAGCAGAAUCCUCAGCAUGAAAUGGCCACCAAGGAAGACAUCGAUCGACUCGCGAGAUCAAUCCUCCGGUUACGGGAUGAGCGAAUUGCUCAGGCGGAAGCGCAGUUGACCAGACUGGCAGAUGACUACCGCAAGUUACGCCAGGAGUUACUGCCGGUUUUCAAGAUGGCCAAAGAACGAUCAGAACCUCUCCCUUACGCCCCCUAUCAAGGCGCCACCAUUACUCCAGAGGUGUACCAGCAAGAUGUCGUCUCACCUCCUCCCGCGACCCAGCCGGUGCCCGAAAAGACUAGUCUCACACGCACAUUCUCAAAGAAGCUGGGGCUCAGCUCAACACCCAAGAACAAUUCUCCGACACAUAUACCCAGUACGAUCCAUGAGGGUAGGACUUUCGCCGAAAGCAACUCGCUGGACCCUUCCGCUGCAGCGAGUCUAGCCUCCAACUCGCUAACCGCACAAAUGUCAGGUGGCGCAAUAUCGCAACAUCCCCAUCCUUCUCCAGGUGUCCCCUCUCCGACUUCGCCACUCCCCUACCAACAUCAACCACUCGCUCCGCGCUCCUAUCAACGUGAAGCAGGAACUGUUACCAGUGCUAUCCCUCGCUACGACGGUAGCGACGACCGGCAAGUCACCAUUGAACGUGACCGUGACCCUCCCACUUCCGCAAAAUCGGCCUCCGGCAAACUCAACCCUACGAACAGUACAAUCUCUAACGCCUCCACUCUUAUACCCUCUAGAGAACUAUCCGCUUCGGUGCCGCCCCAGCUCCCCUCGAGCGCCAGCGUGGGCCACACUCCGCAUGGCAACAAAGAUGGUGGUGGCGGAGGCGAUGCCCCCUCGGUGGAGAUCUUCAAAUCGUUCCGCGUCGGGCUAGAAGAUCCAUGCUAUAAAGUUCUCCCAGCCGCCCUCAGAAAAUACAAUAUUCAGGCCGACUGGCGACAGUAUGCUCUGUAUAUUGUGUAUGGCGACCAGGAGAGGUGUGUGGGAUUGGAAGAAAAACCCCUCGCUUUAUUCAAGGAUUUGGAUAGAGAAGGGAAGAAGCCGAUGUUUAUGCUGAGAAAGCUGGGGAACGUAAUGGUUGGUGACAUGCCACCGACCGCAGGGGUUGGGAUGAAACCGCCCCUGGGCGGGCUGGGUGGGAGUGGAGGGACUGCUGGAGCAGGAGUCGCCCCUAGCAGCGCUGCGAGCGUGAGGACAAUACCAACAGCGCAGACGUUGCCCGGCGGUGUUCUAUGAAGUUGCUGCCUGUUUUGUUUAGAUACGUGGGGAUUAGCGAAGGCUUCAAAAGCGAUUUUCAUUCGAGUUCGAAGAGGCAGGUUGUUUCCCUUUAUGCAACGAUCCUUGACGAGCACACAUGCACCAGCCAACAGCUCGAAGUAGAGCGAGGUAUUCCACUAUAGCUGUGGUCCUUCCACCAUCUAAUAUACCGUACCGAGGCCCUUCCACUAUCUCAGCAACACUGAAC